GGGACUGCUAAGGAUUUCUUUGCCUUUUUAAAUUUUUUUUCCUUUUCCUUUUCUGGAGAUGUGUAUCAGGAAAAGGCUUUGCCUUUAGAGAGAAAUUUUACUGCUCUUGCCAAUAAUGUAUAACAAUAUUAAAUUUAAUGGCAGACCUUGAAGUGUAUAAAAACUUAAGUCCAGAAAAAGUUGAAAGAUGCAUGGGUGUAAUGCAGUCUGGGACACAGAUGAUCAAAGUGAAGCGUGGAACCAAAGGGCUCGUCCGGCUCUUUUACCUGGAUGAGCACCGGACCCGCCUCCGAUGGAGACCCUCCAGGAAGAGCGAGAAGGCAAAAAUACUUAUUGACUCCAUUUACAAAGUCACCGAGGGGCGGCAGUCUGAAAUAUUCCACAGACAAGCGGAGGGGAACUUUGACCCCAGCUGCUGCUUCACCAUCUACCAUGGUAACCACAUGGAGUCCCUGGACCUCAUCACCUCCAACCCGGAGGAGGCCCGCACCUGGAUCACAGGCCUCAAGUACCUGAUGGCCGGCAUCAGCGAUGAAGAUUCUCUCGCCAAAAGGCAAAGGACUCACAACCAAUGGGUGAAGCAAACCUUUGAGGAAGCUGAUAAGAAUGGUGAUGGCUUAUUGAACAUUGAAGAGAUACACCAAUUGAUGCAUAAGCUAAAUGUCAACCUGCCCCGAAGAAAAGUCAGACAGAUGUUCCAGGAAGCGGACACAGAUGAGAAUCAGGGAACCCUGACAUUUGAAGAGUUCUGUGUUUUUUACAAAAUGAUGUCAUUGAGACGGGACCUUUAUUUGUUGCUCUUGAACUACAGUGACAAGAAAGAUCAUCUAACUGUGGAAGAACUGGCUCAGUUUUUGAAGGUGGAACAAAAGAUGAAUAAUGUGACAACAGACUAUUGUCUUGACAUCAUAAGAAAAUUUGAAGUUUCAGAAGAAAAUAAGGCGAAAAAUGUUCUUGGCAUAGAAGGCUUCACAAACUUCAUGCGAAGUCCUUCUUGUGACAUAUUUAACCCAUUGCACCAUGAAGUGUACCAGGACAUGGAUCAGCCUCUGUGUAACUACUACAUCGCGUCCUCUCACAACACGUACCUGACUGGGGACCAGCUCCUUUCUCAGUCCAAGGUGGACAUGUAUGCGCGGGUGCUACAAGAGGGCUGUCGCUGCGUGGAAGUUGACUGUUGGGAUGGCCCAGAUGGAGAGCCGGUCGUUCACCACGGUUAUACUCUCACUUCAAAAAUUCCCUUCAGAGAUGUUGUGGAGACCAUCAACAAGCACGCCUUCGUGAAGAAUGAGUUCCCGGUUAUACUGUCGAUUGAGAAUCACUGCAGUAUCCAGCAGCAGAGGAAGAUUGCUCAGCACCUGAAAGGAAUCUUCCAGGACAAACUGGACCUGUCGUCUAUAGACACGGGGGAGACCAAGCAGCUUCCAAGCCCUCAAAGUUUGAAAGGCAAAAUCCUGGUGAAGGGUAAGAAGUUGCCUUAUCACCUUGGAGAUGAUGCAGAGGAAGGGGAUGUUUCCGAUGAAGACAGUGCAGAUGAAAUCGAAGAUGAGUGCAAGUUCAAACUCCAUUACAAUAACGGGACCACUGAGCACCAGGUGGAAUCUUUCAUAAGAAAAAAACUGGAGUCACUGUUAAAAGAAUCUCAAAUUCGAGACAAAGAAGAACCUGAUAGUUUCACAGUGAGGGCACUACUGAAGGCCACGCAUGAAGGCUUAAAUGCACACCUGAAGCAGCAUACAGAUGUGAAGGAAAGUGGAAAGAAAUCACAUGGACGAUCCCUCAUGACCAACUUCGGAAAACAUAAGAAAACCACAAAAUCACAGUCUAAAUCUUGUAGUACUGAUGACGAGGAGGACACACAGCAGAAUCCUGGAAAGGAGAUUGGACAGCUGUACAGGUUGGGUCGCCGAAGGAAAACCAUGAAGCUCUGCCGAGAGCUCUCUGACUUGGUGGUGUACACCAACUCCGUGGCAGCCCAGGACAUUGUGGAUGAUGGAACCACAGGGAAUGUGUUAUCAUUCAGUGAAACAAGAGCACAUCAGGUGGUUCAGCAGAAGUCAGAGCAGUUCAUGAUUUAUAACCAAAAGCAACUCACGAGGAUUUACCCCUCUGCCUAUCGCAUUGACUCCAGUAACUUCAACCCCCUGCCCUACUGGAAUGCAGGUUGCCAACUAGUGGCACUGAACUACCAGUCUGAAGGGCGAAUCAUGCAGUUAAAUCGAGCCAAAUUCAAGACAAAUGGCAAUUGUGGCUAUGUCCUCAAACCCCAGCAAAUGUGCAAAGGUACUUUCAACCCUUUCUCUGGUGAUCCACUUCCUGCCAACCCCAAAAAGCAGCUCAUUCUGAAAGUGAUCAGUGGACAACAACUCCCCAAACCUCCAGAUUCCAUGUUUGGAGACCGAGGAGAGAUCAUCGAUCCUUUUGUUGAAGUUGAAAUUAUUGGAUUGCCAGUAGAUUGUUGUAAAGAUCAAACCCGUGUGGUGGAUGACAAUGGAUUUAACCCUGUGUGGGAGGAAACCCUGACAUUUACAGUACACAUGCCAGAAAUAGCUUUGGUCCGGUUCCUUGUGUGGGAUCAUGAUCCUAUUGGACGAGACUUUGUUGGACAAAGAACUGUGACCUUCAGCAGCUUAGUGCCUGGCUACCGGCAUGUCUAUUUGGAAGGACUGACAGAAGCAUCCAUAUUUGUCCACAUAACAAUCAAUGAAAUCUAUGGAAAGAACAGACAGCUCCAAGGUCUGAAGGGACUGUUCAAUAAGAAUCCCAGGCACAGUUCCUCUGAAAACAACCCCCAUUCGGUUCGGAAGCGGUCCAUCGGAGACAGGAUUCUGCGCCGCACGGCCAGCGCUCCGGCCAAAGGCCGAAAAAAGAGCAAAAUGGGCCUCCAAGAAAUGGUAGAGAUAAAGGAUUCUGUGGCUGAGGCUGAAAGAGAUCAAGACGGUGUUGUGAGGAGGACCACACGGAGUUUGCAAGUACGCCCUGUCUCAAUGCCUAUUGACAAAUGUUUUCUGGGGGCUUUGUCACUGCCUGAGCCCGAAACAGCCAAAGACACCGAAGGAAAAGAGAACUCUCUGGCAGCAGAUGAGGAUGGCAGCCGAAAUGGGAAGGCAAGUAUAAAAGACCAACAUUUUCCAAAUUGCAACAAAAAGUUAUCCUCUUCCUCCAGUGCUCUCCUCCAUGAAGACAUCAGCCAAGGGGACUCUGCUGUUUCUACUGCCAAUAUGUCAGUCACAGAACAGGUGGGAGUACCAGGUCCAAAGGGUGGGAGAACCAAAUCAAAUGUGUCAGGUGAUGGCCAGGAACACCACUGCCCCAACAAAUCCCUCUCCCCACGGCAGCAUUUGGCUCUUAAUCCUGCAGUGAACCUAACACAAGAUCUGUAUGGUAUGAAAACCAAGGAAAAUGAGAAUGCUGGGGGCUUUGUGGAAGGGAAAAGCACAAUGUCAGCAAGCAUCCUUUCUCAAAGCGAUCUGGAGAUUAAAAAUGCGGAAGGUAAUUGGGGCAAGGGUAGAGCUGCAACAUCCUUUUCUUUGUCAGACGUCUCUAUGCUGUGUUCCGACAUACCUGACUUACAUUCUACUGCGAUUCUGCAGGACAGUGACAUUUCCCAUCUUAUUGACAAUGUCACUUUAACAAAUGAGAAUGAGCGGGGCAGUUCCAUCUCAGCACUGAUUGGCCAGUUUGAUGAGACCAGGGAUCAGGCUAACCUUACAGUUGUUUCUCAUCUUCAUGGCACCAGUGUGAGGUCAGGCCAUCCUUCCUUGCCUACCAUGGACCUAACAAUGCCCUUCAAGCAUGGCUUUCCCAGGGGAAAACCCAAGUCAUCCCUGCUGUGCUCAUCUCCUGAGCGGAUUGUAUUCUUCAGUCCUGAGACCUCCGAAUGCUCAACACACACAGUUGUUUGUGAAACUACCUGCACUCCCAAUGUCUCUAAAACCAAACCAGAUGAUGACCCUUCUGGUAAGGCCAAGACAGGGGCCAUGGAAAGCAGCCUGCCUUGUUCCUCUAAUACUUCUCACUGCUGGUUACCAAAAAUUCCCACCAAUGGGAAAUACUGGGAAAUACUGAAGAACCGCAGCUCUGCCUCUUCCACUGACUUGACAUUGGGAGUAGCUGAUCCCACUCUCUGUUUAAUUUCUGGAGAGAGCAGUCUCGUGGAAGUGGAUGGAGACUCAGAAAACCUGUCCAUAACCACCUGUGAAUAUGGGCGAGAAGCCACGGACUGCCUUGCUUCUCCUUUAACACUGAAGUACAGUCAGGAUCUUCCAAGAGGCUUGAGAAAUGGCUACUGUAAGGAGACUCUCUACCCUUCUGUCUGUGAAAUAUUCAACGAUAUUCAAGAUGUCAAAAAUCAAAGUAUUUCUCGUCUAGCCUAUCCAGGUGCUGGUUUUAUACACAAGCACUUCUCAAAUUCAGAUGCAAAAAUGAACCAGACCUGCGUGCCCCUAUCUAGUGCUCAAGACUUGCGUGCUCCUGCACCCACACCCCCCCCACACCCUCCUCUGCCUGUGCUGAAGCUGCCCAGUCCUUGCAAAUCCAAAAGUCUGGGGGACUUAACAUCGGAGGACAUUGCCUGCAAUUUUGAGAGCAAGUACCAGUGUAUCAGUAAGAGUUUUGUUACAACUGGCAUCAGAGACAGGAAGGGUGUGACUGUGAAGACAAAGUCUUUAGAGCCUAUCGAUGACCUGACCGAGCAGCUGCGGAAACUUGUGUCCUUUGAUCAGGAAGACAACUGCCAAGUGCUGUAUUCAAAGCAGGAUGCCAAUCAGUUCCCCAGGGCACUGGUCAGAAAGUUGUCAUCUAGAAGUCAGAGCAGAGUGCGCAAUAUUGCCAGUCGUGCCAAGGAAAAGCAGGAAGCCAACAAGCAAAAAGGGGUGAACCCCACGCACGUGGGUGGAGUGAUUCUUCGAAACAAGCCCGCAGCGCCCCCACCCGCGGGGAACCGGCACUCCACCGGCUCCUACAUAGCUGGUUAUCUGAGCAGCGCCAAGGGCAGCGUGGAGGGCCGAGGCAUCCCUGAGGGCGCAUGCGCAGCCCUGCCUGCUGGCCACCCCGACCAGCUUUGUUCCAAUAAUUCUGUUUUGCAGACAGGGCCAAGCGGCGACGAUAAACCAGAAAUUUAUUUUCUUUUGAGACUGUAAAUUACAUAAAGCUGCAUUUUCAAUGUUUACAAGAUAUUCUGUAGAAUUGUCAGAGUUUUCAGUAAAUAGGGUUCUUGGCUUUG